CACUGAAUCCCAUAGACCAGUCAAGUGCAAUUCUCUUUCCUUCUUGCUUUCAGACCCGGACUGGGCAUCCCACAGCCUGGGGAUCUUCAUCUGCUUGAAUUGUUCAGGAAUCCAUCGCAAUAUUCCCCAAGUCAGCAAAGUGAAGUCAGUCCGCCUGGAUGACUGGGAUGAUGCUCAAGUGGAGUUUAUGGCCGCAAAUGGGAACAAUGUAGCAAAAGCAAAAUAUGAAUCUAAAAUGCCACCGUUUUAUUAUAAACCAACGUUUCUUGACUGUCAACUGCUGCGGGAACAAUGGAUCAGAGCCAAAUACGAACGGAAAGAGUUCAUUCACAGUGAGAAGCAGGAGCCUUAUUCUGCAGGGUACCGAGAAGGAUUUCUGUGGAAGAGAGGACGUGACAACGGGCAAUUCUUAAGCCGAAAAUUCGUGUUAUCAGAGAGGGAAGGUGCACUGAAGUACUUCAACAAAAAUGACGCAAAAGAACCCAAAGCAAUUAUGAAGAUCGAACAUCUAAAUGCAACUUUCCAGCCUGCAAAAAUCGGGAACCCACACGGACUGCAGAUCACUUAUUUGAAGGACAAUAGCACAAGGAACAUCUUUGUCUAUCACGAAGAUGGCAAGGAAAUAGUAGACUGGUUCAACGCCAUCCGCGCAGCACGGUUCCAUUACUUACAAGUGGCAUUCCCUGGAGCCAGUGACGUUGAUCUGGUGCCAAAGCUUUCUAGAAACUACCUGAAGGAAGGGUACAUGGAGAAAACGGGGCCAAAGCAAACAGAGGGAUUCAAGAAGCGAUGGUUCACCAUGGAUGACCGACGGCUCAUGUAUUUCAAAGAUCCCCUG